AUGACCGACCUUUCACUCCCGAAGGACUUCUUCUGGGGAUUUGCUACUGCAAGUUACCAAAUCGAGGGAGCUGCCAAAGAAGAUGGCCGUGGCCCCUCUAUAUGGGACACCUUCUCACAUAUCCCAGGAAAGACAGCCGAUGGCGGCACCGGCGAUGUCGCUUGCGACGCCUACCAUCGCACCAACGAGGAUGUUGCACUACUCAAAUCCUCUGGCGCCAAUGCCUACCGCUUCUCUAUCUCCUGGUCGCGUGUGAUUCCUCUUGGGGGUCGCGAUGAUCCAGUCAAUGAAGCGGGUAUUGCAUUCUAUAAGAACUAUGUUGACAAGCUGCUAGAAGCGGGCAUCACCCCCUUCGUGACACUGUUCCAUUGGGAUCUCCCACAGGCGCUGCAUGACCGCUAUCUGGGCAUGCUAGAUAAGGUGGAGUUUGCAAAGGAUUUUGAGAGAUAUGCAAGGCUCAUGUUUGAGCGCCUGCCGAAGGUGAAGCACUGGAUCACACUCAACGAGCCAUGGUGUUCAAGUGUGUUGGGUUACAAUACGGGAUUGUUUGCUCCAGGAAGAUGUAGUGACAGGACCAAGAGCGAUGUUGGCGAUUCGUCAAGAGAGCAUUUGAUUGUCGCCCACAGCUUGCUGCUGGCGCACGGCGCGGCGGUGAAGGCCUAUCGCGAAGACUUCAAGCCUAAAGAUAAGGGAAUUAUCGGUGUCACUCUUAAUGGCGACUGGACCGAGCCAUGGGACCCUGCCGAUCCCCUCGAUGUCGAAGCAGCUGAGCGCAAGCUUGAGUUCGCAAUCUCUUGGUUCGCUGAUCCGAUCUACUUCGGUAAAUAUCCCGACAGCAUGCGGAAGCAGCUCGGUGACCGACUUCCCGAGUUCACCCCCGAGGAAGUUGCGCUCGUAAAGGGCUCCAACGACUUUUACGGGAUGAACCACUACACCGCCAACUACAUUAAGCACGUAGAUACACCUGCAGCGGAGGAUGACCACCUAGGAAAUCUCGAGUGCCAUUUCUAUAACAAGGCUGGUGACUGUAUCGGCCCAGAGACACAGAGUGUGUGGUUGAGGCCCCAUCCAGAGGGUUUCAGGAAACUACUCAUAUGGUUGAGCAAGCGCUAUGGAACACCGACUAUAUAUGUUACGGAGAACGGAACAAGCUUGAAGGGCGAGAAUGACCUCCCAUUGGAAAAGAUGGUCAAUGAUGACUUUAGGGCCGAGUACUUUAGAGGAUAUAUCACAGCAAUGGCAAGAGCGAGGGCGGAGAGUGGCGUGGAUGUGAGAGGCUAUCUAGCCUGGUCGCUACUUGAUAACUUUGAAUGGGCAGAGGGUUAUGAGACAAGGUUUGGAGUCACAGUUGUGGACUACAAGGGCGGACAGAAGAGGUACCCCAAGAAGAGUUUUAAGGUGAUUGGGGAGGUGUUUAACCAAUUGAUCAAGAAGGAUUAG